AAAUAUUAUAAUUCAAAGAAAUGAAUGACAAUGUAUAAACUAGAGUAACAGGGAUUUUUGAGAAAUUGAAUAACAUUUAAAAUUAAGUAUAGGAUGAAAAAAAUAGCAGAUUUUCCAUUAUUGCCUAGUUGAUUGGCCAGUUUGAAUCUAAUUUAAGAAAUGCAUCUUAAUAAAAAGAAGCAGUAUUUAGUUAAUUGGCAAAUAAAUUUAAAGAAUUACAAGUAUUCUUGGAAAGUGAAAAUGAUAAUCGAGUGAGAUAAGAAUAGGAAACUUAGAAAAUGAUUGUUGAUUUAGAAAGACAUGCUAAAAGGUUAUUAGAAACUAGUUAAAAGGAGAGAGUAGAUUAAGAAAAGAAAUUGACUUAUGCAAUUAGUUAAUAAAUAGAUUUCAUAUCCUAAGAUGUUAAUAGAUAAGGAAUUGAACUUUUAGAAUCACAUAAAUAUGUGGAUAUUUAUUUAAAUGAAGACUUACCUAAAAUUGCUGAUGAUCUUUAGAAUGAGAUUGACGAAAGAAGAGAGGUUGAAGAAAGAAUAUAUCAUCAAUUUAUGGAGUAAAUCUCAGACCUAAGAGAAUUAUUUGAUAGAGAGAGAAAAGAAAGAGAAGCCAAAGAAGAAGACAUAGUUGAAAGUUUAAGAGAAGUGUAGUUUAGAAUUACUGAAUUGUUGAAGCGAAAUAGAAAAGAAAGAGAAACUACUGAAUAAGAAAUGGUGUCUUUAGUUGAAACUGUAAUUGAAAAAAUUAAGAUUGAAAUGCUAGAAAUGAAUAUGUGA